AAGACCGGCGGACUGACUCGCUGCAGAUCAUCAAAGCUCCGCUCCCAGCAGCGGCAACGAAACAACCCAAGGCGAGUGCACAACAUCGCAUCCAUCAAAGGGGCGAUUUUAUUAUCAUUUCUAGACCGACGUUGCACAAGCGAACCCUACACAGAAAGAGACAGGGCCACUCUAUACAGGCCAUCUCUUCACACAAGACUUCAAGAAGGUCUUCGUGUCGUGUGAGCAGCGCCAUCGACAUCGACGUCAGCUUCGCAGCCGUUCAUCCUCAAUGAAGUGGUAGAAGGUCGACGCAAACACGCAAACACAUCAUGGUCAACAACGAUGACCCAGGCAACCAUGCCGCCCAUGGAUCGUCUGGAAGAGAUACAGCAAUGCUCGACGUCAACCACGACAGCACACAUGUAUCCAGCAACGACAUGUCAAGAAACACAACGCCCGAUGGCCUCGACAACAGGUCAAGUCGAACACGCCCUCGCGUUUUCCCCUACACCAAAUACCUACCUUACGACACCGAGACGCCUGAGCAAAGACAGCAAGAUGUGGACGAAAUGAUCAAACACCUAUACAUUGCCGUCAGUUCGGGCGACUUUGUACCGGGAGCUGUACACUGGACAAAAGAGAUUCGCGGAUGGUUGUCGCUGAAGUUCGACCUCAGUCGCCAACAGCGUAUCAGCCUGACCAAGCUCUACUAUGAGCUUGCGCUGGCGCCAGGUCUCGAGUACACGGUCGCCGAGCGCUUUGCCAGCAUGUUCAUGGUCUUGACCAAGCGCCGCCACUACCUGAAGCCUAUCGAUGACCUGGUGCUGGACUGGAGGCCGCUAUACCAGGAGAUCAAGGUCUUUGUGCUGCCGGGCGAGUUCGCGACCCCUAACACCUUCUCGAGCAAGCGUAGCAUCCGUACCUUGACCAAGAUCUGCACCUUCGCUCAGCUCUUCUUCGACCCACAAGAGAUUCCUGCCAUACUCGAUGAGCUCCUUCCAUUCUUCUCCAUGUCGCCCUCGGAAAGCGCCUAUGUUGUUCUCGGUCUACUCAAUCUUUUCUUCCCCACUCACGCCCCUCCGCCCAACCAACCCAAGCUUCAACCUCAAAAUUAUCUACCCACAUUCUUCCAUCUGUGGUCCAUCAUAAAUCGCUCGACUCUCACAGACCAGCGCUUCCUCGAUAUGUUCUCUAGACUGUCGCGCGACUGUUUGACCGUCGAGCAUGUACCAUUCGGCGAACAUGGUAUCUACACCGCUGAGCAGACAUCCAUGAUCUUCACCUCUAUCUUGAGGCUUCUCGAGAUCCCUGUGGGCCAGGCCUCGUCACCGUAUAAUCUUAACAUUGACCUCGGUGCCGGUCUGUCUCUUCUGCUCGAGCGUGAUCCUCGCAAGCACCCAGCCUCCCGAAGCAUUGCGCGAUGGAUCAUCAUGUCCUUGUCCCCAGCUUGUCUAAAGGUUAAGGAUGGUAGGUCCAUUCUGCACCAGCUGGAGGGUCUGAUUCAAGGUAUCGAGACCUUCUUCCACCCUUCGAAUACUGGCACUUGGACAAAGACGCUGUCACAGCUCGUCUACUACCUGGCAGACUUCUUCGUCAUGCGUUGGAACAGAGAAGAGAGUGGAGAGUACAAGAUGCCUGCUGAGCGUAAAUUGACCCCUGAGCUGAAGAAGCGCUUUGUGCUUUGCUUGAGAGAAGUUGUCUUCAUGAACAUCUACUCCAAGAGUGGCACUGCUGUCAACUAUGCUCUGUCUACCUUGCAGUGUCUGGCAUUCCUUGAGCCGAAUUUGAUACUUCCUGGUGCUUUGCAAAGAAUUUACCCAGCCAUGCAAGGCUUGGUCGAAGUGCACAGAACUACUUCAUCCAUUCGUGCUCUUCAAAUGCUGUCUAGAAUCAUCGCUCGCACCAAAGGUUUCAGAUGUCAUCUAACAACUCUGCUUGGGCUUGCUCUUCCUGGUAUCGAUGCCAAUGAUCUUGACAAGACUAUGAACUCGCUAUCUUUCGUUCAGGCUGUUUGCUACAACAUCCCGCUGCACGACCUUACCAAAAGUGCUCAGACAGACUCAGAUGGUGAGCCCAUGUCUGGUAGCACUGCUACUGCAGUCGAAUGGAUCACACAGCAAGUCGAUCGCUUCGAGCAGGAAGGUUCUUUGAUUGAGUUGGACUAUGAAAAUGAGCUUUCCGACGAGGACGAGGAGAUCAUUCUUCGCUCGUCCACUGCUGGCUUUGCGGAGUUCUUGAUCGCUUUCCUCGGCCGUGUCUUUACACUGCUUCAGAAUCUGCCUGAUGCUUCCCGUGUGAAGAGCGGUUCUCCCGAAGAGAACGUCGUCAACACCCUACCAGCCGCUUUUGCGCCUUUGCUUGCAGCUUUGUCUCCUGAACUCUACGACAUUGCGCUGCAACAGAUUGCCAAGUUCGUCACCAAUCAUGUCGUACACCAAGCUCGCGAUGCUAUGGCAUUCAUCUGCAAUACUCUGGUCAAAGUCAAUCCCAAGAAGGCACUGAACCGUCUUCUGCCCGACCUCAUUUCAAGCAUCAGAACCGAGAUUGACGAGAACGGUGCUGGUUCGAGCAGAACUUCUGGUUCGGAGAUUCUUCCUCGUGAUCGUGCUCUAGUGUGGAAUAUCAGUCUGUUGAGCAUGUGCGUAGUUCACGUAGGCUCCGAUGUGCUUGACUUCAAAGAUGAGCUGUUCGACAUUGCCAGCUACAUGCAAGACAAGUGUAAGGGUAUUCCUCUGGUUCAUGUUUCGAACUUUGUUCAUCACUUGCUACUCAACCUGACUGUCACCUACACUACCGACUAUUCUCUGUACGAUCAGGCAGAUCUGGACAAGGGACUGCAACCCAAUGACUGGGCCAAAUUGCCUGAUCCAAAGAACUUGAACGUACUGUGGCAUGUGCCUAAAGAGGCCGAGAUUGAGUUCGCUGUCAGAAUUUUCGAAUACCAAGGCAAGCGUUCGAUUGAUGCACUGAAUGCGUUGACUAGUAGCAACGAUUCGCCUGUGAAGCGAGACGGAACAGGCAAAGACUGGUCGGACGAGGUGUCUCGCAAUCUCGUCCUCUUACGUCUGCUCAUAUCUGGUAUCUCUUGCUUCUUCCGCUCAGACGAUGAAUCUGUCACGCCCGUCAGUGGUCAUGACACGGAAGUCAACGGCAGCAUCUCACCCAAGCAAGAGGUACAACAGAGUCCAAGCGACCUUACAGAACCCGACGACGACAAGAUACGUAAGACAUUCAUCUAUCCCACCGGUUACCCUCUCAAGACCAGCAGCCCGCAUUACGAAACAGUCCACAAGUUACGUCGCCUCACUGGCGAGACUUUACAUCGUGUUCACGAGUUCUUGACUCAGCAUCAACAAGAUGACGUUCUCUGCUUCAACGCCCUCUACACGGCCUAUCGCUCAUGGUUUAUCGACAUUGGUAUUGAGCGAUCUGCUCACGUUCUGGACAGGUUGACGCGACUUUUGUCAGCAGAUAUCCACCCCUAUAAGUUCAGUGGUACGCGCAAGGCAUAUCCCCGACCUUUACUCGCCAGACGUGCCAACUUGUAUCACUUCCAACGCCUGAGGUACAAUGAGUCUCCUCGUGCAGCAUCUGACCUCGACAAGAUCCUUUUGCUCGAUCUAGCUCAGUCAAGUGUAUCUGUCUACACCGACAUUCGACGUACAGCUCAGACUGCAUCUGAGUCGGCAGUGCAAUGCAUCAUUGGGGCCAAACCUCUCGUCAUUCCUCCUCUUCUUGAUGCUCUGGAAGACGCUGUAAGCAAGACUGACUUCCCACGUAUCAAGGGUGCUGUCUUUUCUCUGCUCUUCGGCAGUCUAGCUCGUCCUAUCGAGCGCAACUGGAAGUUUACUCCUAGACUUAUCAGGCUUUUCAUUCGUGUGGGCGAGACAGACAAACCCAGCAUUCAGAAGCUCGUCAGUAACGCCAAUUUCCAAGUGCAUUCAAUGUGCAGAGCAUUGGAUCGCAUGGUCAUCUUGGAUGAAAAGACGGUCGAUAGUAUUUGGCCAGCCGAAAGUAACUCUCAGCUUUCAGAUACGUCCAAGAUGGUCGCAACUUCCCUUGAGGAUGCCAAGGCGAUGCUUCCUCCAAAGCAGGAUCGCAUCCGUCAACGCAGAAUGCUGAUUGAAGGAAAGAAGUCCGAGCUUUCCUCAGAGCUGGUCGUUAUGAUCAAGGACUCACACUGGCGCAAGGCUCAGCGCGUUGCAGCUCUUGUUAUUGGUCUUGAUUACCGCUAUGAGACUAUUGCUUCAGAUGGUAUGCUUGAUCUGGUCGUGAAAGGUGUCAUUGACUCGCAUCCGUCAUUGCGUGUGCUUUUCGCCAACGCUCUACUAGCCAUCUGCAGUCUCAUCCAGACCAGAUCUAUGACUGAGCAUAAGUACGAGAACUAUCUUCUUGACAAGCAAUUCCCACCUGACCGUAUGGUCGUCAAGACUAAGCCGGAGGACCCCAACUGGACCAAGCAGUAUCUCGAUGCUUUCUCGCAACCAGAGGCGGAGUACUAUGUUGAUGCUGAAUAUCCUGGUUGGUUGGUCUGGAGCGAUGUCAUGCGUGUUUCCAAGAACCAUGCAGUCGACCUGGAUUAUGACGAAAUCGAAGUCGAGACUCGCAAACGUAUCGGCAAACACAUCGACCGUCAGUGGAUCUCAGUGUUCUUUGACUACAUGAAGCAAGAGCCUCGCGACGCCCAAGAUCGUUUCCGUACGACAAACUGCACAGUCAUGUCUUGGGUUCUGGAUCUCGUCAUGGUUGGUUUGACACCAGCCACCUUUGACGAUGUGGUCGACCUUACCAAGGCCACUUUCGGCGAUGGCAGUGACAAGCACCAACAUCGUGCCACUGCAGAAAUCAUGGGUGCCUUGAUCAAUGCUGCAGAGGACUGUCAGCCGAAGGUCAAGGAGAAGGUUUGGGAGUUUGUCUUCCCCCUUCUCCAGCGAGUCUUCCAGGAUGGUCUGACCCCGGAGAACUUGUCAUACUGGAGCAGCUUUUUGACUCUCACAGGAUGUGCAAGAGAUCCUAGAAGAUGCUGGCCUCUGGUCGACUACUUCUCCAGCUUCAGACUGGACAUGUCAACCAACGCUGCUUUCAAAGAGAGCUCCAAGAUCACCCUACUUCAGCUCGUGAUCGGCACUUUCGGCUGGCAUUUCCAGAAGGAGAAGCCUAUCCUCGAAGACUUCUUGACACAUCUUGACCAUCCUUACAAGGGUGUCCGCGAGAACAUUGGUCACACUUUGUCAUCCAUCUACCGUAGUCGCUACUACGAGGGAUACAAGGAUAUUCAGACUCUCAUGGAGACACAAAAGGCUGCAUCGCCCAUUGGAACGCGACCUUACCAAGCAACAGACGAGUUCCGCGCAACCAUCAAGGACGUCUUUGACAGGCUUGAGAAGUGGCGUCAAGAACGACCUCCGGGUAUCCAAACCCCGACACCGUACACGCAGGCCAGCAAGACUGUACUGUACUGGUUAGAAUCGACAGUCAACAACUAUGACUGUACGACCCUUGUUGAGUUCUUGCCUGCUCCUUUCAUGCAACAACUUCUCAACAUGAUGGACGUCAAGGAAGACCCCGAACUGCAGUCACAUGCAUGGAGUGUUUUCAAGCAAUUCCCCAACAUCCCUCACCGAAAGGGCGAGGACGAGGCUCUCGCAAAGAGUCUUGUCGAAAUUGGCAGAACUAGCUCUGCAUGGCAUCAACGUCUACGUACUUUGAUCAACAUCCAGGUGCUCUACUUCCGCUACUUGUUCAUCAUGGAGUCCUCAAGACGUGAAUACCUCUUGAACAGCGUCAGAGAUAUGCUGCACGACACACAACUCGAAGUGCGUCUUGGGGCAGCUCAGACCAUCUCUGGCAUGAUUCGUUGCUCACCAGUUGAAUUCCGCGACAAAGCCGUCACAAAUUUGAAGGAUCACUUCACACAGCUGCUUCUCAACAACCCCCUUCCCAAGAAGGGUAGAAAUGCUGGUCCACCUGGCACACCCACACCUGAGCAAAAUCGUCUUGUCAUCACUCGUCAUGCUGCUGUCCUUGGUCUUGGCUCGCUUGUCCAAGCCUUCCCUUACGCCAGUCCGCCGCCGCAGUGGCUGCCUGAGGUGUUGGCCACUCUUGCCAUGAAGGCUGCCAAUGACCCUGGUGUUGUCGGCAAGGCCGUCAAGACCAUCUUGAGUGAGUUCAGGAAGGUGCGACAGGAUACUUGGCAUGUGGAUCUCAAGGUAUUCAAGCCUGAACAGCUGGAGGAUCUGGAGGGUGUUUUGUGGAAGAGUUACUUUGCAUAGACGAAAGCACUAAAGAGGAGGGACGGAAAUUUUGCAGCGAGCGAGUCUUUCUCCUUCGGCAUUGCAACUAUUCAAUCUUGGUCUCUUCUUCAUCAUUGCGGGCUUUGUCGUUACUAAUGCAUUUGGGGGCUAGCCUUGUCAUUGUAGAACAUUUGAAUCAAAGACUAUUUUACGCGCUUUCGUUCGC